CCCGCUUAAACAGAGGAGGGAGGGAGGAGAGCGAGCUGCGAGUCCCGCCCCGGCGCUUGUUUCCAUCCACGCAAGGGAUAAUAAACGCUGCCCAGCUCACUCUGCGCGCCAUCGCCUCCCCUGCCCUGCUCGGCUCUAUAUAUACGCGGGCGCACCGGCCCAGCAAGCAACAAUAAAGGCUGGGUCGAAGAGGGAGGAGGAGCUUGGAGCCUUGGACUGAGCGAGCGAGAGAGGGAGAGGGAUUAAUGGGUGAGGAGGCCAGCGGCAACGCCGUCAGCGUGGUGGAGGCCGCCAAGCAGCCGCAGCCCAAGGGGAACGGCCUCGCCGCUGCCGGGUCGGCCGCGGCCGCGGCCGACCCCCGGCUGCAGGGCAUCUCCGACGCCAUCCGCGUCGUCCCCCACUUCCCCAAGGAAGGCAUCAUGUUCAACGACAUCACCACGCUGCUGCUGCGCCCCGGGGUGUUCAAGGACGCCGUCGACCUCUUCGUCGAGCGCUACCGCGGCAUGGGCAUCGACGCCGUCGCCGGGAUUGAGGCCAGGGGCUUUAUAUUUGGCCCGGCAAUCGCAUUGGCCAUUGGCGCCAAGUUCAUACCGCUGCGCAAGCCCAGGAAGCUCCCAGGUGAGGUGAUAUCCGAGAAAUAUGUUCUUGAGUACGGGACUGAUUGUUUAGAGAUGCACGUUGGAGCCAUCGUGCCUGCUGAGCGUGUCAUCAUCGUCGAUGACUUGGUUGCGACCGGUGGUACCCUUUGUGCUGCGAUUAGGCUUCUUGAACGUGCUGGAGCUGAUGUGGUCGAGUGUGCAUGCCUCAUUGGGCUCCCAAAAUUUAAGAAUCUCUACAAGCUCAAUGGAAAGCCUGUCUACGUACUGGUGGAGUCCCGUGAAUCUGAUAAAUAAGAGUCAGGUAUGCUGGUGGGUUCAUUCCGCGCUACUGCAUCCAAUUGAACGGUGGAGGGGCAUCGACAACUAUGCCGUACAUUACUAUGGUGAGGGGAGAGGGUAGAGAGUGCAGACUUGUAGGCUUGGUAGUUUUUUUUUUCAGAGUACUCAAGGAGCUUGUAGUUCUGCUGCCGGGAACAUGGUUAUUAGCUGAAUCAAGGUUGCUGCUGUUCCAUUUCUGGUUGAA